AUGGAAGCGCGAAGUCGCUCCGUGGAAGACAUAUUCGAGGAUUUCAAGGGCCGAAGAGCAGGCAUCAUCAAAGCCCUCACCACCGAUGUUGAAGAUUUCUACAGCCAAUGUGAUCCUGAGAAGGAGAAUUUGUGCUUAUAUGGAUUACCAAAUGAGCAGUGGGAAGUAAAUUUACCUGUUGAAGAAGUGCCUCCAGAGCUUCCUGAACCUGUCUUGGGCAUUAACUUUGCUAGGGAUGGCAUGCAGGAAAAAGACUGGCUAUCUUUAGUUGCUGUUCAUAGUGAUACAUGGUUGCUUGCCCUUGCAUUUUAUUUUGGUGCCAGAUUUGGAUUUGAUAAAACUGACAGGAAACGACUAUUCAGUAUGAUCAAUGAACUUCCAACAAUAUUUGAAGUUGUUACAGGUGCAGCAAAGAAACCAGUUAAAGAGAAGUCUUCAGUUUCAAACAACAUUGGCAUCAAAUCUAAGUCUAACUCUAAAGGGCGGGCUUCCGAAACCCAGGGCAGACAGGCAAAGGGAUUAUUACAACCAAAAGAUGAGGAUGAAGGACCAGAAGAGCAAGAUGACGAUGAACAUGGAGAGACCUUGUGUGGGGCAUGCGGCGAGAAUUAUGGUACUGAUGAGUUCUGGAUUUGCUGUGACAUCUGUGAGAAGUGGUUCCAUGGCAAAUGCGUGAAGAUCACCCCUGCUAGGGCAGAGCACAUCAAGCAAUACAAGUGUCCAUCGUGCAGUAACAAGAGAGCUCGCUAA